UUCAAGCAUUUUUACUCUCUCAUCAGAAAAUGGAAAUUUUAAUUGCAUUCAUAUGCAUUGUACUAGUUACUGGUGGUUCCGGCCAGUCUCCGUCGGUGGAGUCAACCACACCUGCGGCGGCAGCACCCACUAUUUUUAAUGUUUCUGUACCGACUCCAGAUUCUACGCAGUUAAAUUCUCAAACACCGGUGAUUUUGGCACCAGCUGCUUCCGUUCCCACUCCAUUUUCUGCGGCGGCGAUCAUGCGGCCGACAGUUUCAACUGCAGCUCCAUUGUCCGAACCAAUAAGCUUCCCAUACAAUAUUUCUACUCCUGCUCCUGUCUUCACGCCGGUAAGCCGUCCACCGGUUGUUUCCACCCGGGCUCCAGCUCCACUUCAAGCGCCCAUCGGCUUCCCCCCGACGACAGUUCCUGUCUAUUCUCCAGUCUCAUCACCGGCUCCAAGCACAAAACACAAUGCACCUUCACCGACUCCAUUUUCUUCACCACGCACCCGUACUCGGGCUCCAAGAAAGAAGAAGGGCAAGAAACACCAUUCACCUUCACCAUCUCCAUCUCCAUCUCCGGCUCCGGCGCCAAAGCCGCUUGUUCCAUCCGAAUCUCCUGGACCUAGCGCUGAAUCCAUUUCUCCUAGUCCCGCAUCAGAUGAUGACGAGAAUGGAGCAAUGAAAUUGGUGGGAAGUUUUGCAGUGGAAGGGGCAUUGUUUAGCUUCUUAUUGUUCUUCUUCUAAAGACAUGUGAUUAUGCUUCAAAUAUUAAUUAAUCCGAUCAUUACCAUGUCUUUUAUUUGUUAACAUGUUUAGUUUCAUUAAUUUACAUUUGCCAUAUCC